CUGCGUCAAAUUUCGCGCUUUGCAUCGGCUGCGUCAUGAUUGUCGAUGCUGUUGUUUGGAUAUUUUCGCGGACGAUUUCGAAGUGGUGGGACCGCGAUGUCGUCCAGUGAGCGGCCCGUGUAAGCGUCCCAGUCAGUCUCUCGGUCAUGUCCGGUGGUGGCGGCCCGCCGGCCAGCGCGGCGGCCACUGCUGCCGGCCAACAGUUCGGAACGCUCUGGAUACAGGACCAGAACGGCGUUUCUCAGAUGAUCCGAGUGCUGCAGGCCACGCCGACCAAGCCGGCGGCGGCCGGCGGCUCUGUGGUGACCUCUGCGGCGGCGCCCGCGCCGGCCGGGGGCGCCGCGCCCGCGCCGCAGGUGGUGCGCGCCAUCAUCAAGACGGCGGCGCCGGCCGGACAGGCGGCGCACGUGGUGCGCCGGGUGCAGCUGCAGCCGUCCGGCCAGUCGUCGGUGGUUGCCCGCGCCUCGCGGCCCGUCAUUACUCCCGGCGCUCAGAUCGUCACCAUAUCGGCGCAGCAGGCGCAGCAACUGCAGACGGGCAGCUCGCCUCUGCGGCGCACCCUGUUCACUGCCCGGCGGAACGGCACACCGAAGCGGCGCGUGCUGCCGUCCGGACCGCCGGCCGGCGUCGGCGCGGCGCCCGCCGAGCCGCGGCCGGCGCCGCGGGCCCGGCCGGAUCCGGAGCCGGAGCUGGUGGAUCUGGACGAGUCGUCGCCGUCACCGGAGCUGGCUCCGCUGCCGCCCGCCUCUCUGCUGGUGCGCGCUGAGCCGCCGUCGCCGCCGGGCCGGCCGGCGGCGGGCGCCGGCGGGCGCGCCGCCUUCCUCUCGCCGAUCCUGGACCACAGCGGCGCCAGGAAGCGGCACCCGGCCGACCCCGACCUCUGGCCAGACGGUAAGCGGAGACGGACAGAGAAGGCCAGCAAAGGACUGCGACACUUUUCGAUGAAGGUCUGCGAAAAAGUGCGAGCCAAGGGCAUCACCAGUUAUAACGAGGUGGCGGACGAGCUGGUGGCCGAGCUGACGGAGACGAGCGGCCGUUGCGAGUCGCCCUCCGAACAGCACUGCGACCAGAAAAAUAUCCGACGCCGCGUCUACGACGCGCUCAACGUGCUCAUGGCCAUGAACAUCAUCAGCAAGGAGCGCAAGGAGAUAAAGUGGCUCGGCCUGCCGACCAACUCGCUGCAGGAGUGUAAGAACCUGGAGCGCGAGAAGGUGCAGAGGAUGCAGCGCAUCAACCUGAAGACGCAGCAGCUGAAGGACCUGCUUCUGCAGCAGAUCGCCUUCAAAAAUCUGGUGGAGAGGAACCGCAAGGCCGAGGAGGAGGGCGGCCCGCCGCCGCCCAACUCCACCGUCCAGCUACCCUUCAUCAUCGUCAACACCAACAAAAAGACGGUCAUCGACUGCAGCAUAUCCAACGACAAAAUGGAAUACCUGUUCAACUUUGAUGACACGUUCGAGAUUCACGACGACAUCGAAGUCCUCAAGAGGAUGGGUCUGGCGUUAGGACUGGAGAACGGCACCUGUCGAGACGAGGACGUCGAGAAGGCCAAGGCCAUGGUGCCGCCGGCGCUGGCGCCCUACAUAGACCAGCUGGCGCGAGACGGCGUCGACUCGGAGCUGCCCUCGGAGCUGGCCGGCUCGCUGCAGGCGCGCGCCGGCCCUGACAGCGGCACGUCCACCUCGGAGCGCGGCGACUCGGCCACGCCCAGCAUCGACUUCGACACGGACGAGGACGAGGAGGACGAGGACGACGACGUGCUCUACCUGGAGGACCAGUGAGGGCGGCGGGAGGACCGGUGAGGACCGCCGCCGGACCGGUGAGGGCCGGUGCUCCGGCCCUGUGCGGGGACGGUGUGAUAGACGGGCCGACUCUCGGCUGCUGGCCCGGUCCAGCGCUCCGGCGCGGUCCGGGGCGGUGCGACAGACACUCGACUGGUGCCCCGCGCCGUGGACAGUGACGGCCGCCGGGGCUGUCGCCGCCGGCCGCCGGCCGGGUGGCGGGCUCGGCUCUACCAGGACCGGCCAUGAUAUACCGUUCGUGGUGUGCCCAGGUCGCCGCGGCUCCGACAGCGUAACGGCGCUGCCGACCUGCGAGAAGUUUUUAUUUGUGUUUGUGAGCUCGGAUGUGGAGUGAGAGCGAUUACCGUGUGUUUUUAUACGGGCGGGUGUUUGGUGCGACUGGCGGCGUGUGAGCGCUGUGGGCUGUAGUCCGGUGUGGAGCGCUGUGGGCCGUGGGGCCGGUGUGAGCGCUGUGGGCCGCAGUCCGGUUUGAGCGCUGUGGGCCGUGGGGCCGCCAGCGCCGCUGGUGACCGGCGGGGUCGCGGGGCUGGGCCGCUCGCUGGCCGUGCCGGGCUAGCGCCGCCGCUCGGGGCCAGCGGCAGCGGAGGACACGCCGGCCCGAUCUCUGUACUGCCGUCUGCAGCGUGUAUAGCGAAUAAUAUGCAGGCCGAUUGUGA